AUGGCCAUAUUCUCGGCAGACAACAGGCCGUUGAACCUUGUGGUGCGAGCGCUGCAGAUCGUGCUCGCUAUUGUUGUGAUAGGAACAGUUGGCUAUGCCAUUAACGGGUAUCACGUUCACGACUCCGUCGCCCACACCCCUACCGGUGACUUCGACGUCACCGUCGGCGCGCCUAAUUCCUGGGGCUUUUUACUCUUCUGCGCAGCGUGGACUAUCUUGGUCGUCAUAUUCCAGCUCGUUUCCGGAGGCACCUUUGGCGAACACCCGCUGAUAGGCUACAUUCGCGUCGGCGUCGAGAUUGUGGCUGUCCUUUCGUGGUUUGCUGGCUGGAUUGCCGCGGCGGCCAACAUUGGCACCAGCGCUUGUUCGGCAGACCAUGGUUCUUGCAGCGCAAUCAAGGCCGGCACCGCCUUUGCCGCCCUCACGUGGCUGCUCUUCAUGUUUACCACUGCCAUGACCAUCUCGCUCUUCAACAACAGGAAGCGCCACCCAGUCCAUCAUACCACCAGCCAGACUGCACACGUUUGA